AUGGCUGAAUCACCGAACGAAGCACCUGGUCAUAACGAACUUGCAGACCAAGCAGAAACACUAUCCAGGGGCCUCCACAAGCUUCACUGUGACUGCGUGCAUGAAAGUACCGCUGCCGACAUUUCGAAUGUUGCCCAAGAGCUGAUCCUCCUUGCAACCGAGCUCAGAACCCUUGACAGUGCCGUCAGUGCGAACCGAGAACAAUAUACCGAAGCUUUUGAGGAGGAUUUGAACGAGAUGCGUACUCAUCUGGGGGGAAUAUUCGAUGACAUAGGAGAUUGCUGCGCAGAAAUGCAGAAAGCGGACGGACGCAAAACGAGUUCCAUCACCUGGUUACAGAAGAAACGGGCCGUCAAUAAGCUACACAAGCAUCUCGAGGCGAACAAGACCGCGCUCGUGGUGAUGCGGACGGUUCUUCACCAUGGCAAAGCCUACGGAAUACGAAGUUCACCAGAACGCCUGGCGGAGUCGUCACCUCAUGUGAUGCAAGAGGACCGCGCAAUUCUCGAGUCAAUCUUUGCCAGCAGAAAGGCAAUCUCAGAAUUGCACGAGCUUACAACCAAAGCCGAGGAAGAGAGUCCAGCUAGCUCAUCAUCGAAAACUGAAACGGUGCCCUCUUUCCAACCCGGCGCGCAUGGGCGAAACUUGUCCUCAGCCACUGGAGUUGAGGUUCCUGCGCUCGAGGAUGUCCUUCCCCCCAGCAAGACCGUCAAACAUAAACAAAGUGAAGAUUCUCUGGCGAAAAGAUUCUCCCGUCGAGGCAUAAGACUUGCUGUUCACAGUUCAAUCUUAGAUGCAAAUGCUCACGAGGUCCCAAUGUCCCUGAAGAAGAGAUGGUUUCAUCAAGGCAGAGCGAGGAAAAGUACUGAUCGACCAUUGAUCCAAGAUCAAUCCUUUGCGCAGCUCAGCAGGAUUUCCGAAGUGAACUCGACGACGCCCUCUGAGAAGGUUCCAGAAGAGCUAGCUCUCCAGAGAAGUGCAACCAGCCCCGACAAUACCUAUCCACGCGCAUCGGGUGACUCCAGUGAGCAUAGCCAAAUUGCAUCUGGCCGACUGUCGAAGGCAAAGAGGCGGAGCCUUACUCUUGUAGCAUCUGAUGUCGGCAAAACACUAAGCAAGGUCAUCACAAAAUUGUCGAACGCGACCAACAAUGCGGACAAGAAUGACAAGUCAAGUCUCGAGACUGGGAAAGGAAAGAAGGAAGACGGAAGGAAGAAUGGUAAUGACAAGUCGGGCUGGUCAUACCGCCUCUCCAAGCCUUUUGUACAACCUGAGUUGACGACACCAGACUUUGACAGAGAUGUCGAGAAUAUGGGUUUACGUUAG